CCAUAAGCUUCCAAAGUUCCAAUAGUCCCCAAAGUUGACCAAUUUUGAUCGUUUCUUGUUUUCGUUCUCUCUUCAGACAUCUUUUUCUUCGUUUCACCUCUGGACAAUAUUCAGAAAAAAAUAUGUUGGCAAUUUUUGACAAAUCUGUGGCACAAUGUCCUGAAGGCUUGCAGAGUCCUAACCCAGAAUCUGUUUUUGCGUUGAAAGAUGGAAUUCUGGCUCAACAUUUCUCCUCUAUUCAUCCUAAUGCUGUCACCAUUAAUCUUGGUCAACCUGGAUUCAUUGCUUAUUCUAGCGAGAAACAAAACCCACUUCUUCCAAGACUGUUUGCAGUUGUGGACGACAUAUUCUGCUUGUUCCAGGGCCAUAUUGAAAACUUUGCUACUCUUAAGCAGCAGUAUGGAUUGAGCAAAUCAGGAAAUGAAGUCAACAUUAUCAUUGAAGCUUAUAGAUCUCUGAGGGAUAGAGGUCCUUACCCUAUAGAGCAGAUCAUAAGAGAUCUCCAUGGGAAAUUUGCUUUCAUCCUGUAUGAUUGCGCUUCAAAGAACUCGUUUGUUGCUGCUGAUCCUGAUGGGAGUGUUCCCUUCUUCUGGGGAGCUGAUUCUGAUGGCCAUCUUGUUGUAUCAGAUGAUAUGGAGACUAUUAAGAAGGGAUGUGGCAAAUCAUUUGCCCCGUUUCCAAAAGGUUGCUUCUUUACAAGCUCUGGAGGUCUGAGGAGUUAUGAACAUCCACGUAACGAGUUGAAACCAGUGCCUAGAGUUGACAGUUCAGGUGAAGUCUGUGGUGCAAACUUUAAAGUUGAUGCAGAAGCUAAGAAGGAACCACUUGGUAUGCCAAGGGUUGGAAGCGCUGCAAACUGGUCUUCAAACUAUUAAUAGAUUGGUUGCUCUGUUGGGUCUGGGUUUGAUAUGUGACGAUGUCUUUGUAUACCACCACCUUUCUUUCAGUGUGGAUGACUCAAUGUCAAGGGGUUUGAAACCCAUUUGUAACGCCAGCUAGGGGUACUUGCUUUUUUCUGCUAUACCAAACUGAAACUCCUUACAUAAACAUACUUUCUCCGCUUCAAAAUAGUUGUGACAUUUGCCUCUUUACGUUUGCUA